AUGGAAGCGCUUGUAUCGGAGACGCGACCAGACGGAGCGGACGAGUUUCUUUUCAAGCAGCUGGUGGCGCUUAAGCAGGAUGUGAUGCGCACUGCAGCGAGUAUGAAGAAGCGUAAGCCGCAAGCAACGUUGGAUCUGGAGGCUAAGUACCGGCACUACGAUAAGAUGGUGAUGCUUGCUGAAGAAGCGGUGCUUACCGGCCGACUUCCCACCCUCGUAGCCUCGGCAGAAACCGAACCUGUCGUUGUCGAACCUUGCGCCGAGCCUGCGGAAGUCGAGAAUUUCUCAGGCGUAUCGGUUGGUGAGGAGACGGGCGGGUUGAACGCUGCUGAAGCGGUUUCUACUGCAACUGAUGGUGGAAAUGGCGGGGAUGCAUCAACAGCAGCAGCUGCGACCGCAGUCGCUACCACAGCGGUCGUCGCAGCAGCAGCCGGAGCAGCAACCGCCGUUUCAACCCCUGUCGCUGAAGCCGCUGCUGCGAAGCCCGUUUGUGUCACAUCCGCCAGCCCCGACUCCACGCUCGCCUCUCCCGUCACGGAGAGCCCCGCGGCGGUCGUCGGAAGCCCCCCGCCAGCUCGGAGGGCCGUGAGGAGCCUCUCCCCUCCCCCGGGGCCGUCCGCACGUGCCGUGUCGUUCGGAAGGGACGUUGCCGGUGCUGCGGUGACCAGAAAGGACGCUAGCGGCGGGGGAAAGGACGGCAAAGAACCGAAUACUAAAUCUGUGUCGAAAUUUGCGACCAUGCCACAAGCGUCUCAGCUGAAGCCCAUAGAGGAGGCAUCAGCCGGGCUGGAGAUCGACCCCAAGCUGCUCACCGUGCUGGAAGAAGCAGCGCAGGAGCGCCGCCAGGAGCUUGACCUGCAGGGCCACCACUUCAAAUCCCCGCUCGCAUACCUCCCCGAGUCCGUGGGGCUUCUGGACUGGAUCGUGGAGCUUCGCCUGGCGAACAACGGCCUGGUGGUUCUCCCCCAGGCCAUCGGGAACCUCUUCUGCCUCUCGGUCCUCGACACCUCCUGCAACAAACUCGUCGAGGUGCCCGAGUCGAUCGGGCAUCUGGCGAAACUCCGAGUGCUGGACCUGCACCACAACUACCUGGAAGAGCUUCCCACGUCAAUCGGCCACUGCGAGGCGCUAGAGGAGCUCAGGCUCGGGUUCAACUCCCUCACAGGGCUUCCGGAGGCGAUCUGCAAGCUGGCGGGGCUGAAGCUGCUGUCUGCGCCGCUGAACCAGCUGACUUAUGUGCCGCGGCGGAUUGGGAAUCUGGAGAAGCUGACGGAUCUGGACGUGCAUUACAACUCACUGCAGUCGAUUCCCGAGAGCAUCGGGCGGCUGGAGAGACUCACGUCGCUGAACAUCAGUGCGAACCACUACCACCUGAAGGAGCUUCCGGAGACGCUCGGGAACCUGAGGAGCCUGGUGAAGCUGGAUAUUAGCGAGAAUUACAUUAAGAUUUUGCCAAUCUCGUUUGUGAACCUGACGAGUCUGAAGAAGCUGUCGCUGCAGGGGAACCCGUGGCAGCACCCGCCCAUGGAUGUGGCAAAUUCCGGCCUGCAGGUAUGGGGUUCGGGCUGA